CUCACCAACACACAGAAUCAAAUGUCUUUAUUUUAACAUGCUCUCUGUACUCUGAGGGCCUUUCCUUCAAGAUCUGAUGCAGCAAACUGCACCUUCUUAGCCAACUGAAAAUCUGCCCAAUGGAUAAGAUGCUCUAGAAGGAGACAGAAGGACAGUAUGGUUGAAGAUCAGUUUGUUUGAAUCUAGCAGAAGCCUCAGUCAUUACUCUGCUUUGUGAGGAGAACAGUGAAGGAGCCCAAUGAGGAACCUCAGAGUCACCAUCUUCAUGCUGCUCUCAGAAGUUGUGAGCGGCAUGCUACAUGAUGAGAUCACAGAGACAGGAACAGAUGGAAACGUCGCUGUCAUCACCUGUCCUUAUAGUACUGGAUAUGAAUCUUACACCAAGUAUUUCUGUAAGGGAGGCUAUUUACACUGUGUAACACUUAUAAAAAGUCAUGGGAUGGACUCAUUCACAUAUAAAGGAAGAAUCAUUAUGAAUGACAACACUGAGCAAAAAAAGUUGGUAGUGACCAUCAGUGACCUCAGAAUGGAGGAUGCAGGAGAUUACGGCUGUGGAAUCGAGUUAACAGGACGAGACCCUUUUACUUUAGUCCGUCUGAAAGUGAAUAAGGCUCCUAAGCCACCAAAAAUAACCCAACCAAAGCUCCGCCAGUCUCCACCACCACCUGCCACCAAAAACAGCCAAAGAAAUGCUCCCACACUCUCCACCAAUAAAACAACAGCUCUGAAUGUAUCACCAACCAUCAUCUCCUCUGCACCUCGUUCAGUCACAAACUUCCUCAACCAGCCCAGUACAUCUGAAACAGCUCUCAGCUCUACUGAAGCCCCGUAUCUGGCUGUCUUCAUCCCACUGAGUGUAGGUGCUGCCCUGCUGCUGUUUGUUGGUGUGUCUCAGGUUUUUUAUGACAGACUAAAAAAGAACAGUGCAGGCAAUUCAGGCUCAGUCAACUGUCACCACUCAAGUGGGCCAGUCACAGGAAGUGCUGAGGAUGGAACAGACUACGAAAAUAAUUCAACUGGAAAUCACAAAUCUGUGACAAUGAGCCUGGACUACAAGAACCUAAACCCCAACACCCAGCAAUCAGGUUCAGUCUACCAGAGCCAAACCCCCACACCAACCAACUGGAUUCAGUCUACCAGAGCCUAAACCCCAACAACAACCAAUCAGAUUCAGUCUACCAGAGCCUAAACCCCAAAACCAUCCAAUCACAUUCAGUCUACCAGAGCCUAGACCCAAACACCCAGCAACUAGGUUCAGUCUACCAGAGUCUAAACUCCAACACCAUCCAAUCAGAUUCAGUCUACCAGAGCCUAGACCCAAACACCCAGGAACUAGGUUCAGUCUACCAGAGUCUAAACCAAAUACCAACUGUUCAGAUUCAGCCUACCAGAGCCUUGACCCCAACACCAACCAAUCCAAUUCAGCCUACCAGAGCAUAAACUCCAACACCUGUCAAUCAGAUUCAGACUUCCAGAGCCUAAACCCCAACACCAACCAAUCAAAUUCAGUCAACCAGAGCCUAAAGCUCAACAUCAAACAAUGAGAUUCAGUCUAUCAGAGUCUAAAACGAAUACCAACUGUUUAGAUUCAGACUACCAGAGUCUAAACUCCAACACCAGUCAAUCAGAUUCAGUCUACCAGACCAUA